AUGACGCAGCGCCCCAGGCCCGAGCGCAGCCCGUGCGCGAUGAGUCCGCCGCGGCCCGGCCGGCUGUCCGACCAGUGCGCCCGUGGGGCCGGCAGACUCCGGGGACCGGCCGGGGUCGCAAGAGGCCGCGGCUCCCGCUCCCACGCCCCGCUAGCGGUGGUGGCCGGUGAGCGGCCGCGUGCGGCGCUGUGGCCACAGCCCCCAUGUCUGCCCACGUUCUGCCCCACAAGGGCCUUCCGCUUACGGACCAUCGACCCCUUUCCUGCCGCGCUACCCACAGCGUCUGCCGCUUCAGGACUGCCCAGGGAUCUGCACACGGAGUUACUGGGCGCGGCUCCGUCCCGGGCUGCUGUCGCGUUCCAGACUCCACCCGUGUGGGUGAACAGCCGCGCCAGCGCACCCGGGAGGCUGGUUUUAAACCCACGGUCUACCGUCCAGGUCCCGGCAGGGCCUGUGGCUCCGCAGACAAGCCUAGAUGCACGGCGGGAGCCCCGGCGGGAGAGCUGCCUGUGCUGUGGCCGCCACGGGCCUGGCCAACAGGCCGUCCACCGGCCGCCACCCCCGCCGGGUCCACAGUGCCCGGAUCUCGGCCUGCAGGAGCCCUUGGCCGCCCGGCCUGCCGUCCACACCACGGCGGCUGCUGCGGACCCCAGCCCUGACCAGGGCACUGCCGCCGACACGCAGAGCCACCAGUGUCUGGCCGCCAGCAUCAAGACGCUGCGCCAACGGUCCGCUUAUGCCACGCAGCUCUUUGGCUACAUCGACGACCCCAGCAUGACCCGGCUUGUGGGCUGCAUUCCAGACUGGCCAGCGGUCCAGCACCGGUGGUCACCGCUGCCGGGUGUGCGGCACCUCGCCAUUGCCGGGGGUCACGCCUUAGUGCUGCUCUACGCGGUCACCAAGAAGGGAAUCCCGGAAGAGCCGAAGGCCUUCUCUGAGCUCAUCCCAGAGGUCAAAGCUGACGACAGCUGUCUGAGUGGAUCCCGGAUGCAGACCUGGGCUCAGAGCCCACCCGGCUCCCGCAGGGUCCGCUACCAGCGCAGAGGCCCAGGCGCUCGGCACCCGCGGCUCGCUGGAUUUCGCCAGUGGAUGGAGUCAGGGACUCUGGUGGUGAACUCCACGCCUCCCCCAGAAACUGUGUGCACCAUCUGCUCCUGGGCCCACUUGCCUCUGAAGCCCAGUAUCCGGGAUGAGCCAGAGGACGCCACGCGGCCCUCCUCAGACCAGCAGGCAGUGAUGCUCGGAGCAGCAGGCCCCAAAACACAGUGGCCGCCUCCUUUCAUCUCUCACGCAAGUCGGAGGAGCUCCGUCCUCGCCGAGCGUCGCAAGAUCCACCUGCUGGAGCUGCCCGGGAAGAAAGCCCCCCAGAGCAAGGGGGACCACGUCGGGGGGGGGGGGGCCCAGCCACGCAAGGCCCCAAGAAGCCCUUCUAGCCCCAAGUCCCUUGGAAAGAUCCUGGACAAACGCUCGGCUGCCGCCGCCCAGGACGGGAGGGCCUCGCGCUGGAGGCCCGUCCCACCACGGCCUCCGUGCCCCGCGCCCUCCUCCGCCGCCGAGACCCCCGCCUCUCCCGACCGCCCGGGCGCCAAGGCCCCAGUCAGUCCCCGGCUCCGGAAGAGCGGGGCCGCCGUCCGCAAACCCCUCCGCAGGCCGCGCCGCCGACGUCCCCGCGCCCACAAACCAGGGCCGGAGCCCGAACCCCGAGGCGCCGCGGGGCGGGCACUGAGCCGCCGGAAGUGCGCGCGCGGCCCUCCGGGAGAUGCAGUCCGGCGCAGGCGCAGUGGCGGCCGAAGGCGUUCCGGCCUUUGUGUCGCCGUCGGGCGGCAGGAAGUUGACGUUCUGAAGUCACGAGAGGUAACGACAGCUUGGCCCGCCCGGGCCUCCGUGAUCGAGGACGCGGGUUCUGGCCUCAUGGGCUCUCCAGCCGCCCUGGAAGACGGACGUUGCUUUCCGAAGCCAGACGUCAUCUCCCUGCUGGUGCAAGAGGCAGAGCCGUGGGCAGUAGACUCCGGAGUUCCCCAGGGUGUGUGCCCAGAGUUGGAAACUAGACCCAAAGUCAAACUGUCAGCUCCAAAGCAAGGCAUCUCUGAAGAAGAAUCGACCAGUGUUGUCCUGGUAGAAAUAUUCCUAUGGGAUGGUCUGUUGUACUGCACGGGUGAGGACACCAAGGGCUGCUGGGAAUGGAGUCGUGAGUGCCCAGAGAGCUGUGUGGUGCAGGUGGCCUUCACGUCUGAGGACACAGUAACUCAGGAGCAGUGGCAAGGGAAUGGGUUUGGAAACUUGAGUCAGAGCCUCAAUCUCACAACUGAACCAGUGACUCCUAAAAGGCGUGGCCCCCACACAUGGGGAAUACACAGAAAGAUGGAGAAGCCAGACUCAAAGUUGAAUGCUCUACAGAAAACCUAUGCAAAAGAAAAACUUUACAAAUGUAAGGAAUGUGGAAAGGCCUUUAGUCACAGCUCAGCACUUGUUGAACACCACCAAACGCACACAGGAGAGAGACCUUAUGAAUGUCAUGAAUGUGGAAAAGCCUUCCGAAACAGCUUAGCACUUACCAAACACCAGAGAAUCCAUACUGGGGAGAAACGCUAUAAAUGCACUCAGUGUGGGAGGACCUUCAACCAAAUUGCCCCGCUGAUCCAGCACCAGAGAAUUCACACAGGCGAGAAGCCCUACGAAUGCAGUGAAUGUGGAAAAUCUUUCAGUUUUAGGUCCUCCUUUAGUCAGCAUGAGCGGACUCACACAGGUGAGAAGCCCUAUGAGUGCAGCGAGUGUGGCAAAGCCUUUUGCCAGAGUAUCCACCUCACCCAGCACCUGCGAAUCCACACGGGGGAGAAACCCUAUCAGUGUGGAGAGUGCGGCAAAGCCUUCAGCCACAGCUCGUCUUUAACCAAACAUCAGCGAAUCCACACUGGGGAGAAACCCUACAAGUGCCACGAGUGUGGAAAAGCCUUCAGCCAGAGCACACCCCUGACCAAGCACCGGAGGAUUCACACGGGAGAGAAGCCCUAUGGAUGCAAUGAGUGUGGGAAAACCUUCAGUCGUAGCUCCUCACUCAACCAGCACGAGCGGACUCAUACAGGCGAGAAGCCCUAUGAGUGCAGUCAGUGUGGGAAGGCCUUCCGGCAGAGCACACACCUCACUCAGCAUCAGAGGAUCCACACAGGGGAGAAACCCUAUGAGUGCAGCGACUGCGGCAAGGCCUUCAGCCACAGCUCAUCCCUAACCAAACAUCAGCGAAUCCACACUGGGGAGAAGCCCUACGAAUGUAAUGAAUGUGGCAGAGCCUUCAGCCAGCUUACUCCCCUCAUUCAACACCAGAGGAUCCACACAGGAGAGAAGCCAUAUGAGUGCAGGGACUGUGGGAAGGCCUUUACACACAGCUCCUCCCUUAGCAAGCACCAGAGAACUCACACUGGGUAGACCCACUACAGGUGCACUCAAUGUGUGCGGUCCCUGGGACACAGCACCACCCUCUCCCGAUCCGAGAGAACUCAUACUGGGGAAAGUCCCUAUACAUGCAGUCAGUGUGGAAGAGCCCUCAGGAGGUGUUCUCACAUUAUUCAACAUGAGAGGAUUCAUACUGGAGAACAUUAUGAAUGUAGUCAAUGUUGGCAAGCUUUCAACCAUGGCUUUUACCUUAUUUGA